CGCCCAAAAUUACAGAGAAUCAGGCUAAUUUCAAGUUGACUCCACUCCAUGUUGGGAAAAGUACAAGCUCAAAUCCUUUCCAACUCUACGUAUCAUCUAUCAUGCGUGGUUAGGUACAUUUCCUUCGGUCUUCGCUGUCACCCCAAGGCCAUAGGGUGGGGAUUAAAAGGAAACAUUUGCUUAAGGUAGUGGACUCUUGGAACAAUAUCGAGGCAAUGAAUACCCAAUGACGACUUCUAGCUCUUUUCGCGGGUUGACUUGAAAGAAGAGACGGAGAGAGUCCAACAUUGGAAAGCGAAACAAGAUUGACUUUCAAAUAAACAGAAAGCUGGCAACAAAUGAGGGAAUCAUGAUGAUCUUGGCACUCGUCGCUGUUUGAGUGCUGCUGUUGUCAGGGACGGUGGAUCUCCCGAAAGAAGUCAAGAACCGUGGAGGGUGAAAGGGCCGAUCCAAUUCCAAGCACGGCAUAAGCGAUUGUGUUACUGGAAAAGAUAUCUCGCUCUUCACUGCUCAAUUGGAACAGAUGAGAGUCGUAGCCGAUGAGUGUUUUUUCGUGUAAUUUCCGACGUGUGCGAGUGCCACUGCCAAGAGCUGGAAAACCGAGUGGCUGCCAUGGAAGCUCACAUAGCUCUAAAUAAAGACCACAUCCACAUCCGUGACCCUCUCAAUUGGAGAGAAAGACUCGAUAUCCUGUCUGGUCUUGUCAAUAGCGGCUUAAGACCAAUGGCUGAGCAAGUGCUCGAUUACCUGGAUCUCACUGAUCUUAAGUGCUGUCAAUUAGUGUGCACUUCAUGGUUUAGCAUCAUUGACGAGUUGUGGCAACAUCACGAGUUUCGACGGAUCGACCCCAAUUGGUCCCUAGGAACGCCUCGGUUGGACGAAAUUCAAUGCCAUAAAGAAAGGUCCGUGUGCACAGUGUCGUCGAUUACAUUGGACGAAUAGUCCAUUUUGUGUGCCUUAGGCGGGAGUGGGCGGAUCGAGUUGUGGGAUCGGAGGACGUUGACCCAAAUAUGGACCCAAAUGGCGCACAAAGAAGGUGCAUACUCUGUGGAUUUGGGAACGAGGGUGGCUGUGAGUGGGGGCGAAGAUGCCAAAGUGAAAGUUUGGAACCGGGACAAUGGUGAUUGGAUGGAAACUCUCGAUCAUCAUGACUUCAUUGUUUGGCAUGUCAAAAUGUGGGUAGAUCUAUUAGUCACUUGCUCGUAUGAUUGUACGAUGGCCUUUUUUCACUGGAAUGAGGCUUUGAGCCAAUUUAGCUUGCAAAAGCACGUCAAAGGCCACUUAGCAUGGGCGGAUGGCCUUGCCACAGACAAAAGAGGACAGUUUCUAGCCACUCAUUCCGAAGAUACAUUUGAAAUUAGUAUUUGGAAACUCGUCGAUGGAGUUCCACUUGAGAACGUGACAAAGCCUUGGUCUGAACUCGAUCCCUCCGCUUCGUUUGAGAGGAAAAAUGGACUUUCCUACACGCACGAGCUCCUGGCUCCAAGUACAAUUCUCAAAGGCCACACAGACGAGGUGAAUUGUGUCAAGAUCAGCGAUGCUUUCGUAUUCUCUGGAGGGUGCGAUCAGAGCGUCCGUGUUUGGAAUAUUAACAAUGGAACCUGUCUCACGGUUCUCCGGGGACAUGAAGGCAAAAUAUGGUGCUUGGACGUGGAUCGUCGGCGAAUCGUUUCGGGUGGAAGAUUCGGCGAGAUUCUGAUCUGGUCGUGGUCCCCGGAGGACUCGCAAGAUGAAUGUCCAUCCCGAACGUUGAGAGUCCAAUCCAAAACAACGGCUGUGGGACAAAUUAAAAUGGACCGAGCCUUGCUCGUGUCGGCCGAUGGUUUGGGCAAAGUCGUACUCAGCAACUUCUGGAAUCUUGAGCAUUCAUGACAAUAAACGUCUUCGACCCCCUAAUGGCAUGUUCUAUUCAUACUUGCAUGCGUCUUUGUCUACAAGGAGUCAUUUUCGGGUCUAUAUUAGUCCAUUAGUCUAAGCCAAGCAAUGUCGCUUUUGGAGCCGAGCAAACUCAUUAUCCUCAAUAAACUGAAUGACAGGACUGAUCAAAUAUUCCCUCAAGGCAUUUUUUGAUGCGUUUAG